GCUAGACAUCUAGCAGUGAGCAUCAAUGUUGCUCUGUUAUUAGCCGGCGUCAAGCCAAAGCUUUGCCAAACAUUGGCACGGCAUUUCACGUUCAGUAACCAAAGGCGUAAUGUGACAUUUCCAGGAAGAAUAUGACAAGAACAUCAGUUGGACAUCAAAAUAAUCCGACUGCAAAGGAGAGAGCCGGGAAGAAUGGAGAAGUUCGAUUGUAGAAUAACGACGACAUUAUCUGUUUCAUGAGUAGCUACUGUCCAAAUCUGGGGAAUAGCAAUACUGUAUUUUUCUGUGCAAUCUUCAAGCUGUUGUCCUUUGCAACUUCGAAAAUGAUGUAUUCAUCAAGAAGGAAACCAGUCCUCUAUUUCAAAGAAGACAGAAGGUAAAACGUAACGGUAGUCGGUAGCCCUGAUGUUCACAAUGAUCCUAUCCUAGAUUGAUUAGUCUAGAUGAGGGAACAGACCUAUGCAUUUCAAGACAUUAGCAAGCUAGUAAAUGUGUUUCAUUUUGAACUACUAGCUAGGCCUAUUUAAUAAUACCAAUACACUACUACUGUAGAUACACUAAAGCCUCUAUCUCUGGCUCUUACAUUGGGACACAAACCUAGCUCUCUAAAACGUUUAAGAAUGCAGCUGGUGUAAAUGGAUUGCAGUCAGAUGACUAAGCUUGUUCAAAUAUUUCACAUAAUUUCUUAGUAUUGUACAACCUCAAAGAAAUGAGAAACCAAAAGUACCUCGUCCAGAAGAGAGUAAUCAGUGAGUAGUUGACUACAAUAGAAGUGUGUUGUUCUCAGAUUUUGUUGUGUGAAAUAAUGUUGGUGGAUUGAUUUUUGUUUGUUUGCUGGUAAAAUUAAUGAUAGUAUUUUAAGGCAGCCAUUCCUUAUAAUCUAGACGUAGCCAUUGCAUACUGUGUGUAUGGGUUUGGUUGUGCAAGCGUUUAGUGUACAAUACUAAUGCCUAACUGAGUUACUGCUACUAAAGCUCUCACUUUGACAUGCAUGACACUUGGUCAGUUUAUGGUUAAGGUGUACAACAUAACAUUGAUUGACUUCACUACAUUGCUGAAUAUGAGACUUGCUAUUACUUAUACUUUCAGAUUCUGGUCUGGGAAAUGCACAGUCUACAAACUAUUUGGUAUGUGUAUGGUGCUGGUACUGGUCUCCCUCCUAUGGCUCCAACUCAGCUGUACAGGAGACAUGAGCCGGGUUGUAGUGGAUGACGGACGCCUCCCUCCUCAGCCCUGUCCGCUGGAGAGACAGGCAUCUGCUGCGGACAACCCUUCCUGGGGUCCUCACAAGCUGGCCCUCCUGAUACCGUUCAGGGAGAGGUUUGAGGAGCUGCUGGUGUUUGUCCCCUUCAUGCACACCUUCUUAAACAACAAGAAAAUACUGCAUAAGAUCUUCGUAAUUAACCAGAUGGAUCACUAUCGGUAAGUGAUGCAAGACGUUAUGUUGCCUUGUUAGUCAUUAGGCCUACAACAGAAGUCCUGUUACUGUCUAAUCCGAAGGCCACAACAUAUUAUACUAUGUUCUGUUCUAUUCUGUUCUAUUCUGUUCUAUUCUGUUCUGUUCUGUUCUAUUAUUCUAUUCUGUUCUGUUCUGUUCUGUUCUAUUCUGUUCUAUUCUAUUCUAUUCUGUUCUGUUCUGUUCUAUUCUGUUCUAUUCUAUUCUGUUAUGUUCUGUUCUAUUUCAGUCCAGUGGGUGUUGAUGAAUUCUGAUUGGCACAGAGGAACUAUAGUCUGGAUGUGUGCCUAGUUGAUUUGCGCCUUACCAAAUAAAUAUUGUCUCCUACUGGAAGUAAAUAAUUAGUUCCAUCCAUAUCUCACCACAGGUUCAACAGAGCCUCUCUCAUUAACGUUGGUUACAUGGAGAGUGGUAACGACACUGAUUACAUCGCCAUGCACGAUGUGGACUUGUUACCUCUGAAUGAAGCGCUGGACUAUGGAUUCCCAGAGGAGGGCCCUUUCCACGUGGCCUCACCAGAGCUACACCCCCUCUAUCACUACAAGACAUACGUGGGAGGAAUCCUGCUGCUCACCAAACAGCAUUAUCACAUGGUAGGUUAGCCUAUUGUUAAGUUAAUCAUUCAUUAUCCAUAAUAAUAAUAAUAAUAAUAAUAAUAAUAAUAAGACAGCAUUUCAGAGCUCCAAUACAUUAAAUUCAUUAUUUACCCAUACACAUAUUCUAAUCAAAUUUGAUUUGUCACGUGCCAAAUACAACUGGUGUAGACUUUACCGUGAAAUGCUUGCUUAUGAGCUCUUCCCAACGAUGCAGCGUUUAAAAAUAGUAACACAUGAGGAAUAAAAUAAAAUACACAAGAAUGGAGCUAUAUACAGGGAGUACCAGUACCAGAUCAAUGUGCAGGGUAUUUCAGGUACAGUUGAAGUCGGAAGUUUACAUACACCUUAGCCAAAUACAUUUAAACUCAGUUUUUCACAAUUCCUGACAUUUAAUCCUAGUAAAAAUUCCCUGUCUUAGGUCAGUUAGGAUCACCACUUUAUUUUAAGAAUGUGAAAUGUCAUAAUUAUAGUAGAGAGAAUGAUUUAUUUCAGCUUUUAUUUCUUUCAUCACAUUCCCAGUGGAUCAGAAGUUUACAUACACUCAAUUAGUAUUUGGUAGCAUUGCCUUUAAAUUGUUUAACUUGGGUCAAACGUUUCGGGUAGCCUUCCACAAGCGUCCCACAAUAAGUUGGGUGAAUUUUGGCCCAUUCCUCCUGACAGAGCUGGUGUAACUGAGUCAGGUUUGUAGGCCUCCUUGCUCGCACACGCUUUUUCAGUUCUGCCCACACAUUUUCUAUAGGAUUGAGGUCAGGGCUUUGUGAUGGCCACUCCAAUACUUGUAUUUUAUUUUUUAUUUUACCUUUAUUUAACUAGGCAAGUCAGUUAAGAACAAAUUCUUAUUUACAAUGACGGCCUACACCUUGACUUUGUUGUCCUUAAGCCAUUUUGCCACAACUUUGGAAGUAUGCUUGGGGUCAUUGUCCAUUUGGAAGACCCAUUUGCGACCAAGCUUUAACUUCCUGACUGAUGUCUUGAGAUGUUGCUUCAAUAUAUCCACAUAAUUUUCCUUCCUCAUGAUGCCAUCUAUUUUGUGAAGUGCACCAGUCCCUCCUGCAGCAAAGCACCCCCACAGCAUGAUGCUGCCACCCCGUGCUUCACGGUUGGGAUGGUGUUCUUCAGCUUGCAAACAUCCCCCUUUUUCCUCCAAACAUAACGAUGGUCAUUAUGGCCAAACAGUUCUAUUUUUGUUUCAUCAGACCAGAGGACAUUUCUCCAAAAAGUACGAUCUUUGUACAUGAAGGCAGGGUAAAGUGACUAGGCAUCAGGAUAGAUAAUAAUAAGGUAUUUGAGGUAGAUAUGUACAUGAAGGCAGGGUAAAGUGACUAGCCAUCAGGAUAGAUAAUAAUAAUUGCACGAUUGUUCAUGGUGGUGGUGUGCUGUUUUAACUGUCAUGUUCUGUGUUCCGGAAGUGCUGUUUUAACUGUCAUGUUCUGUGUUCCGGAAGUGCUGUUUUAACUGUCAUGUUCUGUGUUCCGGAAGUGCUGUUUUAACUGUCAUGUUCUGUGUUCCGGAAGUGCAACGGCAUGUCCAACCGGUUCUGGGGGUGGGGGAGAGAGGACGAUGAAUUCUACAGGAGACUAAGAACUUCUGGAUUACAGGUAAACCAGGACUGUCCUUGCGUGUCACAAAGCGACAGAGAUAGCUAGGAAGUUUGGCUAAUCCCUCAAGUUACUCCAAAAUAAUGACAAGCCAAUGAAUGAUAAGCAUUGGUAUCUGACACAUCUACCUACAUAUUAGAAAAACUCAUAGUACGUUUGCAUGUAGACCAGCAAAAAAGCUGCUGCCACGUCUCUAAAUACUAUUAAUAAUAUAAUCAAUCUCUAAUUUUCUGUUUGCCAGCUCUUCAGACCCAGUGGGAUAAAAACAGGGUAUGAAACCUUUCGCCACAUCCAUGACCCUGCCUGGAGGAAGAGAGACCAGAAGAGAGUGGCUGCACAGAAACAGGUAGAGAUGCUUUCACUGGAAACUACUACCAUGUUGUAUUGUUAUGUGUUGCAUUCAGAGAUAGACAGAUACUGGAUUUAUCUCUUUGGUUGUAUUUUUAAAUCACAGUACUGACAUUAUUGUAUUCUCUCCUCGUUUUUGGAAGGAACAAUUCAAGGUUGACCCUGAGGGCGGGCUGACUAACUUGCAGUAUAAGGUGGAGUCGAGACAUGAGCUGACUAUUAGCGGAGCCCCUGUCACUGUCCUCAACACCAAACUGGAGUGUGACACGGACAAGACUCCCUGGUGUCUGCUGAACUAAAAUGGCCCCCCAUGAUAGACCCAUGCUGCCUCUCAUCUGGGUUAUGUUCAUUCUCCUCCAAACAGAAGAAAACAAGACUAAAACAAGGAGGGACUACC